ACAAGCGACGGGUAAACUAAUUUGCCUUCUCUUUGUCAAAAUCUGACUUCCGUUUCUCAUGUUUUGUUCAGGCUUCUGGAUUCUGCCAUCCCGGCUUUACAGCGAAUUAGUUUUCCGCUUUGCUUCAUCUGAAGUAUUUCGGACAACAGAGUUGGCCCCCUUUUGAUGUGGGAGGUGGGGCCGGAGUGCAUCGUGUUGUCGUUCGUGGAAAACAAGGUCUAUUUACCUCGCUAGCUAGCUACCUAGCUGGCUAACAGCAGCCAGCUGAAUUGCAUCACCAGCCGUCGAGCAUGUUUCGAUUCCUGAAUGACGUUGACGACGACCCUUACAUGCUGGAUCCUUUCGCCGCUCACAGGCAACAGAUGAGGAGCAUGUUCGGACCGUUCGGCAUGGACCCUUUUGCCCUCACGCCACAGAUUCAAGCGCCUCGUGCACCACGGCGACAGACCGGUGCCUUGACCCCGUUUGGCAUGAUGGGAAUGGGUGGAGGGUUCAUGGACAUGUUUGGCAUGAUGGGGGAAAUGAUGGAAAACAUGGAGAGGAUUUCUGGAUCGCCCAACUGUCAGACUUUCUCGUCGUCAACAGUCAUCUCCUACUCUUCCAUGGACGCCGGGGCUCCUACGGUGUACCAGCAAACCCAUCAAACAAGACAUGGCCCAGGAGGGAUCCGGGAGACCCGUCAGUCCAUGCGAGACAGCGAAAGCGGCCUGGAGCGCCUGGCCAUCGGCCACCACAUCGGCGAACGCGCGCACAUCAUGGAGCGCUCGCGGAACCGCCGCACCGGCGACCGCGAAGAACGGCAGGACUUCAUCAACCUGGACGAGACCGAGGCCGAGGCGUUUGACACGGAGUGGAGGACUCAGGCGGGGCGAUACGCUCCGCCCAGCGCCCGGGCUUUGGACUACGGCCGAGACCGACGGGCGGGCGGUCAGCCGCUUGCCCUCACCGCGCCGCCCGGCUCCACAACCCCGCCGGGACAUCGGCACGACUCCCCCCGACACCACCCGCCUCAGUCUCGCCCGCGUUACGACUGGUGAAAGGAGUGCCACCCGUAAACAUGAGCCGACCGGCGGAGGAGCGCAGGAAAUUUCUCCACGGAUCCUGUGAAUCAUCUUGAAGAUCGUUCCAACCUCCUUUUUUGAUGUUGAAGUCGACCGGACUGUCUAUACCAUAAACACGUAACAUCUCCCAAACCAACCAACCAACCAACAACGCCCUGUUGUCCUCCCACUCGCCGCCCCCGUCAACGGACAGUCGAUAGUCUUAGGAUGAAUCCUCCGCGCACACUCACACACUUGUAUAAAACACUUGCUUCCCUCCUCAAGAUUUGAUGUGUGUGUCUUUUUGCCCACUAAAAAAGUGCUCCAAGUAUAAAGUGCAUCUGCUGUACAGGUCGUUUUAUGUUUGUGGAGACACAAAAAUGUGUCUGUGAAAUGAAUUGUAUUCUGUUGACUUGGUAAACUAGCUAGGUGACGUUAAUAAAACAUUGCUAGAUAA